AAGGAGCCCGUAAGGCUUUAGGAAGAGAGAGGUAGUAAUAGGAAAUCAACGUACCUUGGUUUACCUUUUGUUUUUGUUUUCAUUUUUAUUUUAAUUUUGUGUGGAGUGCCAAUAUCUGCGGUGCAUUUCUGCAGCAGCGAACUGGGUAUUGCUUGUUUUUUUUCCACAAGCCACUUUCUGUUUGAUAUACAGUGCUGCAUUGGGUGAAUUGUGCGUUGAAUUACGGCUGCAAUCUAUGCCUGCAAUGAGGAGAAAAAAGGACUGAAUAAAAUGUGAUACUUUCUCUGGCAGUGCUGGACACAGAAUGAAAACCAUCGAACCAUUCGAGAGGCAAGUUCUUUGAUAUUUUCCCAGAAGACUGCAUUUUACUUUAUUAUUUUCAAACACGAUUUUGAAGUGACUGUGCCCAUUUGUUUUGAAUUCGAUUCAUACCGUGGAGCCUAGUCACGAUGAAGCACGCCUGAAAGGAGUUAAAAAAAAUGAGGAAGCAAUUUUUAAAAGAGAUACGAAAAAGACAGAGGCCUCGUCCUUUGUAGGCCCGGAUCUGGGGGGAAAAAGGGGGAAAGGGGCACAGAAGCCCGAUAAAUAAAAACCGGAAUAAAAUGGGAUACAACGAGACACGCGAGGAGAAGAGAAGCGUAGACAUUUUAUUAAUGACGGCGGUUUGUUCAAGUUUGCCUCUCCGAACAAAAAGAAGUACUUUCUGUCUUUAACAUUAAAACUGAUUAUUUUUAAAAUAAAUGAAGAUUUUCAAUUGAUGGGUUCUUGGCUGACUGCGUUCCCAUUCCCUGCGAUUCGUUCUCCGUUUAGUUAUCUCUCUUUUUAUUUUUGAUUUAUUUUAUUGAAUUUUGAUCUGGAUCCAGCGUUGAUAUUGUUCAAUGGAAGUAUGUUAUCAGUUGCCGGUUUUGCCUCUGGACAGGCCGGUCCCCAAGCAUGUUCUCAGCCGGAGGGGAGCCAUCAGCUUCAGCUCCAGCUCCUCUCUCUUCGGAGCCCCUGAUCCGAGACAGCUGUCACAGAGACGUGGGGCAAUCUCCUAUGACAGUUCUGAUCAAACCGCUCUCUACAUUCGUAUGCUAGGAGAUGUGAGAGUGAGAAGCCGAGUAGGCUUUGAACCAGAACGAAGAGGCUCUCAUCCGUACCUGUCUGUCGAUUUCCGAAUUUUGCACUCCCGGCCCGAAUCCGCAGGGCCCGUUUCGACUCGGAAGAUCCGCAGGCUGCUCAGCUUCCAGAGGUACCUGCACUCCUCCCGGUUCCUCCGCGGCAUCUCCCCCCAGAACCCCCUCCACAUCCUGGAUGACGACUACACCGGCCAAGCCAAGUGUAUGCUGGAAAAAGUUGGAAGCUGGAAUUUUGACAUAUUCCUCUUUGAUAGAUUAACAAAUGGAAACAGUCUCGUCAGCCUGACAUUUCAUUUGUUUAAUCAUUAUGGAUUAAUUGAGCUCUUCCAAUUAGACAUGGUAAAACUCCGUAGAUUUUUAGUAAUGGUUCAAGAAGACUACCAUAGGCAGAAUCCUUACCACAACGCUGUCCACGCCGCUGAUGUGACUCAGGCCAUGUACUGUUACUUAAGGGAGCCCAAGCUGUCCAAGUCCCUGACCUCCUGCGAUAUUCUCCUGGGGCUGUUGGCAGCAGCAACCCAUGAUCUGGACCACCCAGGUGUCAAUCAGCCUUUCCUCAUCAAAACCAACCAUUACCUAGCUGCGUUGUACCGGAAUACCUCAGUUCUGGAGAAUCACCACUGGAGGUCAGCGGUUGGGCUGCUCCGAGAGUCCGGGCUGUUCUCUCACCUUCCUGCUGAAGACGGACUGAAUAUGGAGAGGCAGCUGGGGUCUCUGAUUCUGGCCACCGACAUCAGCAGACAGAAUGAAUACCUGUCAAAGUUCAGGGAACAUUUGGACAAGGAGGACCUCUGCCUAGCAAAUGCCAGCCAUCGACACUUCGUUCUCCAGAUGGCUCUGAAGUGUGCAGACAUCUGUAACCCCUGCAGACCCUGGGAGCUCAGCAAACAGUGGAGUGAGAAGGUGACGGAGGAGUUCUUCCACCAAGGAGACAUUGAAAAGAAACACAAACUUGAAGUCAGCCCACUAUGUGACAGCCAAACAAACUCUGUUGGGAAAAUUCAGAUCGGCUUCAUGAUGUACGUGGUGGAGCCGCUGUUCGCCGAAUGGGCCCGAUUCUCCGACACGCGCCUGUCCCAGACCAUGCUGGGCUACCUGGGCCUGAACAAGGCCGGCUGGAGCGGGAUGCUGCAGGCUGGCGGCACCGAGGAGCCGGACCCGGCUGCGGAGGACCCAAACUCCAAAGUAUUACCUCAGGGAAGCAAAGAGGCGUGACUCUCAAGGCAGGCAACCCCCCAUUCACCCCCCACCGCGCCCACAGAGGGAGAGGGUGGGCCGGCUGAGGAGUCUGCGUCGGACUGAACCGCUACUUCCGCACCCAGCGCAACACCUUCGCCACAUUUUAGUCGCAUGCCUCCCGUUUCGAAAAAACCACUGAUUUUAUUUAAUUUAUUUAAUUUAAACCCUCCCUUUCCCUUCACAUAGAGCAAUACAUAGAUACCUCAUUUGGCUUCUGCUGUAUUUUAAUUUUGUUGUGUUUUUAUUUAUUUUUAUUCUUUCUGUACUUUUUCUGGCAUUACUAAUUGAGAAAACCACCCUUUUGAUGGAGACCUAAAGGGAACACAGUAUGGUAAGGAUACCUUCUCCUUGGUAAAAAGUGCCAUUUGCAACUGAUGUAGUUUUAAUUGCUUUGAACAUGAUUUGGAAAACCUUGAGUAUUCAGAAAAGGGGCUCUUUAAGACUGCACAGGGAGCCUUGCGUGACAAUGCAUUCGCAACAAAUCUUCCUCCUUAUAAGAAAAAAAAAUGUGAAGAGCCCAAUCCUUUUGCUGCCUCUAUGAAGACUGUUUACAGGUAUCUUUGUGUUAUGUUGUGUGUUAAGAAAAAAAAUGUUGGUUCUGUAAUUUGCCUUUAAAGCACAGAUGUGAAGAACCACUUACUUGGGAAUUAUUUCCUCUUGAUGAACUCCAGAACAAACUUCAGACUGCAGCUCAAUCCAACGCACCAGAUGCCAUAAAGCCUCCUGUUCUCCAUUGUAUUUUAUUAUUGUUUUUUUCUUCUUGCACUGUGAAACAACGCGAUUUGGACACACCCAGGUUUCAGUUUUGCAAGGACAAAGGGGCGUGCCCUUUCCCCCUGGAUUUUAGGAACGACCAAUCAUUACUCUUUCAGUGAUGGCGAAGCAUGGAGACGUCACUGCCUUUUCAACACUUGAACAACCACUCUUUUCACAGAGGAUGGCGCUGACCCGAAUUAACAUAGAACUCGCUCAGGGUUUUUGCCAAAUUUAUCCGGAAGGAGUUGUGAGGAGGCGGGGCGCCUUUCUUGUUAGGCCCCGUCUCCUUUUAAAGUCAAAACGAAAGUAAGAUUCACAGAAGCCCCCUCUUGGACUGUCUCAUUACCAUAUGUGAACAUGCAACCUGGAAGACUGCUACUGAUGCCUUAAAACUAUGCACAAAGCUAAGUGACCAAACCAGCUCUUAAUUUCAUCAAGUGCAUCGUGUCUUGUUCUCUUAAUGCACUGUACAACUGUUUGCCUUUGGUGUGGAAAAUUAGACUUUUUUUAACAUUGGAAAAAUUGAUGAAUGAUUAUUUUUAACAUCAAACAUUCCAUAUUUUCAUUUUUGGUAUUGUUUUGAUUCUGUACAGAUGACACAGUUGUGGUCCUGUUUUUUUUGUUUUUAAUUUUAUUUUAAACGAUGCCAGGUGCUUUUCUUAUUUUAGCUAAUUUGUAUUUUUCUUGUAAUUGCUGUAAGACUGUUGAUAAACCUGUUUACAAUUUGUUGUAACAGCCAUUUUGGGGAGAAGACGUCCGUGUCAAGC